CUUACUUUGUCCAGCGGAAGCAAGUUACUCAAGUGACCAGGUUAUCUGAACGCAAAAUAAUGGAUUGUAGAGAAGUGAUCAUAGAUAAUGGUUCUGGGUUCUGCAAAUCUGGGUUAGCUGGUGACUGCUUUCCAACAUCAGUAAUACCAUCAGUUGUCGGUACAUUCAAAGCCAAGGGCAACUCGCGUGAAUCAUGCCCAACAGAAACUUAUUUUGGAAAAAUGGCUCAAGCUCAGAGAGGCAGUGCGACUUUAAAAUACCCCAUUGAACGUGGCACAGUAACUUCUUGGGAGCAUUUAGAAAAACUCUGGAAGCACAUUUAUGCAUCUGAGCUUCAUGUCAAAUCAAAAGAGAGGCCAGUUUUGAUGACUGUUGCUCCAUUGACAUCUUUCUUUAACAGAGAGAAGAUGACAGAAAUCAUGUUUGAAUGUCUGAAUGUGCCAGCAAUGUAUCUUGCUAUUCCUGCAACUCUGGCACUCUAUGCAUCAGGACGCACUCGGGGACUAGUCUUAGACAGUGGCUUUGGAUUAACUGACGCUGUACCCAUCUACGAAGGCUACUAUUUGCCUGAUGCUGUUAAAAGACUUAAAUUAGCAGGAAAUGAUAUUACAGAAAAUAUCAGGAGACUCCUCUUGGAAAAUGGACAUAAUAUCCCAAGUACAAUCCCUAAAGAGGUCUUUGAAAACAUUAAGGAAACAUUGUGCUAUGUUGCUCGUGAUCCUAAUCAGGAAGCUAAAAACCAGAUGGACAAUCUACACCAGGAAUAUACGCUCCCUGAUGGAAAUCUGAUUACAAUCCAAAAGGAGCUCUUCAAAGCACCAGAAGUUCUCUUCACGACAGCAAAUGUGUGUUCGGAGGAACCUGGAAUCCAUAAAUUAAUCUAUAACAGCAUUUUAAGAUGCGAUAGAUGCUUGAGAAAAGAUUUAUUUUGCAACAUAAUACUCUCUGGUGGUUCCACAAUGUUCCCGGGUCUGGAAGAAAGAUUACUCAAGGAAAUUAAGUCUCAAGUACCCAGUGGAUUACAAGUUACUAUCUGUGCACCAAAAAACAGGAAUUAUUCUGUUUGGAUAGGUGCUUCAAUUUUAACUAGCUUAACAGCAUUUAAGGAUAUGUGGGUCACUUGUAAUGAUUACAGAGAAUAUGGGCCAACCAUAAUUAACAAAAGGUGUUUUUAAGAAUUAGUUAAGUGAUUGAUUAAAUUUUGCCUGCAUCAAACGCAUUAAUAAAUAAUUCAG